UUACAACCCGCUGAUUCCAUGUUUCAACUGUGGACCAAAGCAUACGUAACCUAGUUUUAGAGCUGACUUAUAGUUGGGUUAAGGCAACAACACAGUGUUGGAUGUCAUUUCUGCACGUGUUGUGAGUGUAAUUUUGUGAAAAUGGCAAAUAAACGUGUUUGUGUUGUAGUUCUUGGAGAUUUUGGGAGAAGUCCACGUAUGCAGUACCAUUCAUUAUCAUUUGCAAGGGAAGGUUAUGAUGUUGACAUUGUUGGGUAUGGUGGUUCACAACCUAUAAAAGAAUUGUCAAAACAUCCAAAAGUAAAAAUUCGAAAUAUGGUUCCGUGCCCAGACUUCCAAAAAUAUUGUCCACGACUGUUGGGAUAUAUCCUGAAAGUAAUCUGGCAGAGUAUCUCACUCUUCCUUGCUUUACUUUUGAAAAGACGUUCUCAUCACGUCAUUGUUCAGAAUCCACCAGCUGUUCCUGCUCUGGCCAUAUGUUGGCUUUAUAGUGUGCUGGUGUUUGCGAACUAUGUAAUAGAUUGGCACAAUUAUGGUCACACCAUCUUGGCUCUCACAUUGGGGCAGAAUCAUAAACUUGUCACUGUAUCAGUGUGGUUUGAAAGGUUCUUUGGUAGAAGAGCAACUGCAAACCUUUGUGUUACGAAGGCAAUGAAGGAAGACUUGGAAAAAAAAUGGGGAAUCUUGUCUGUGACACUUUAUGACCGCCCACCAGAGGUAUUUCAUCCCAUCUCAGUACUAGAAAGCCAUCAGUUAUUUUCAUCACUUGCAAACCAAUUUCCUUUGUUUGGGACCAAUGACAGUUCUGUCAGCACAAUAUUAACAGAGUUGCUGCCAGGUGGUGAAGCAGCAUGGAGAAAGGACCGCCCAGGCUUAAUAGUUUCCAGCACAAGUUGGACUGAGGAUGAGGAUUUCUCACUAUUACUGUCUGCUUUACAAGAUUAUGAGGAGGCUCGUGAUGAGGGCUGUGAACUACCAGCUUUGAUCUGUGUAAUUACGGGGAAGGGACCACUGAAAGAGCGUUACUGUCACCUCAUCAAAAAGAAGACUUGGAAGCAUAUACAGGUUAUCACACCGUGGUUGGAGCCUGAAGAUUAUCCACGUCUACUAGCCAGUGCAAACCUAGGGAUAUGCCUUCAUACAUCAUCCAGUGGCCUGGACCUCCCAAUGAAAGUAGUGGACAUGUUUGGCUGUGGACUUCCUGUCUGUGCAUACAACUUCUCAUGUCUAAAUGAGCUGGUAAAUCACAACAUAAAUGGCUGGAAAUUUGAUGAUGCUACUGAACUCUCUGAUCAACUUCAGACUUGGUUCAGAGGAUUUCCACACAGCAGGGCACAACAGGAGAGAGACGCAAGAUUCAGGAAGGAAUUGGAAAGUUUCCAGAAGUUACGUUGGCAUGAAAAUUGGACGUUCAAUGCUUUACCACUGUUUGCUCUACAUUAAGACAUUACCAGGAAUGAUAUUACAGAGACAGUGAAUUGUUUGUCUAUGAACAUAAAUUUAAACAGGCAGUCAUCUUAUAGUAAAAUAUAUGGAAAACCACAUAGCUAUGGUGAAGAACAAAAAAGGCAAACCCAUGUGAAGUGGUCAUCAAUUUUAAGUACUAAAUGUCUUCAGCGAAUUAUGUUCAGAGACCCUGAAAUGGCUUUAAGUCAGGGGUCGUCAACCUGGUUCCUACCGCCCACUAGUGGGCGAUUCAAGCUUUCAUGGUGGGCAGUGUGGGUUUUUGUCCGUUGUUACAAAUUUUGUUUUUCCUCCAUAUAUCGAAUACAUUGCUAACAACUUCGCGAGUUUGACUUUCAUCUCUAAACUUUGAAUAUAGAUAAUAAUUCGCCAGACACUUCUCGAAGUAUACUCGUUGACGAGGGAGCAACGAAUGAGCUCCGUAUCAAAGGCACGAGUUUAGUGCGCAUAACGACAGCGGGGCUUACCACCGGCCAUCACUCAGUCUUCGAGCUGUACCUCUUUCAUGGUGGUGGGCAGUACGUGCAGCACCGGUGGGCGGUAAGGAAAUUUUACCAUCAACAAAGAUACAAAAGUGGGCGGUAGGUAUAAAAAGGUUGACAUCCCCUGCUUUAAAUGAAGGAUGAAGUUGACUUCACAAGCAACCAGCAUAUCAUGAUGACCUGUUUUGUCUAUGAGUGAACAAGAUAUCACAUAAUGCAAGCAUGUACAAAUUAAUAAGUCCUCAUUUUUAUUAAAAAAUAUUUUGAAAAACUGAA